AUGGCAGAUCAGAUCAGUGGGAGCAACGGAGACCAUGGACUUGUCUUGGAAAUAAGAGACACUUCCAACACCAAGCAAGAGAUCAAAUGCACUUUCUUGUCUUUUCCCUUUAUUCAAAAGUUGGUCGCAGAGGUCUUCGGGACGUACUUCUUGAUAUUCGCGGGUUGCGGGUCGGUGGUGGUGAACUUGAACAACGACAAGGUGGUAACGCUCCCGGGGAUAUCAAUAGUGUGGGGGUUGGCUGUGAUGGUGUUGGUGUACUCAGUCGGACACGUCUCUGGCGCCCAUUUCAAUCCGGCCGUCACCAUUGCUUUCGCAACCUGCAAGAGGUUUCCAUGGAAACAGGUACCUGCAUAUAUAUCGGCACAAGUAAUUGGAUCAACGUUGGCGAGCGGGACGCUACGGUUGCUAUUCACUGGCAAGCUCAACCAUUUCGUGGGGACCGAACCGGCCGGUUCGAAUGUGCAAGCGUUCGUCCUGGAGUUCAUCAUCACUUUUUACCUCAUGUUCAUCGUCUCCGGCGUCGGCACCGAUGAUAGAGCGAUAGGAGAACUCGGCGGUCUUGCUGUUGGUGCAACCGUCUUGCUCAACGUCUUGUUUGCAGGGCCAAUAACGGGAGCGUCGAUGAACCCGGCGAGGAGCUUAGGUCCGGCGAUAGUGUCUCACCAUUACGACAGGCUGUGGAUCUAUAUAGUGGCACCGAUAGCCGGGGCGAUUUCCGGGGCGUGGGUCUACAACUUGGUCCGGUUCACCGACAAGCCCCUUCGAGAAAUCACCAAGGCCGGGUCGUUCCUCCGGAGCUCCACCCGAAACCCGUCUCGUUGAGUCAACAUCGGGGUCAAACUUGUUCUUCUUCUUCCUUUUGGUUUUCUCUCUUGUUUUUGGUUUAUACUUGGGAGAGAGCUUUCUUGAUCGCGAACGUUAACAGCAUUGUUGUAUUCCGAUCAAGGAAAUUAUAUUCUUAGAUGAUGUAAGAGUGAACUAGCUUCAAUGUCA